AAUUUAUCAAGAUAGACAAAUGCUUCGAAACUAACAUAGCAUAAAGCAGAUUUUUCAAAAAUCACAUGUUGCGGUAGUAACCGAAAUUGACCAAAAUUAGCCAGGCUUGUUAAAAUAAAUCUGGUUUACUGAGUUAUCUCGCUUCGUAGAAUAACCCUGCCUUCUUCCUGGCGGAGGAAUCCAUCUACUAUGACGUCACUUGUUGUUUGGAAGAAAGAAACACGGUACCUAGACCUGAGUCUGUCGUUUUAUCACUCCUACACAUUUUAUGAUUAAAUAAAGCCGAAUCAUGUCUACACCGGCAAGGAGGCGAUUAAUGAGGGACUUCAAAAGGCUUCAAGAAGACCCACCAACUGGUGUGAGUGGUGCUCCUUCAGAAAACAAUAUCAUGCUGUGGAAUGCUGUUAUUUUUGGACCUGUAGGAACGCCAUUUGAGGAUGGAACAUUUAAGCUUGUAAUAGAAUUUUCAGAAGAAUAUCCAAAUAAGCCUCCUACAGUUCGAUUUAUCUCCAAAAUGUUCCACCCAAAUGUUUAUGCAGAUGGCAGUAUAUGUUUAGAUAUUCUUCAGAAUCGCUGGAGUCCUACAUAUGAUGUAUCCUCUAUUCUGACAUCUAUCCAGUCCUUGCUGGAUGAGCCGAACCCUAACAGCCCAGCCAACAGCCAGGCAGCACAACUCUAUCAAGAAAACAAGCGGGAGUAUGAGAAAAGAGUUUCUGCUAUUGUGGAGCAAAGCUGGGCUGACUCCUAAUGCUCAUAAUUCACAUACUCCAGUACCGUUUUAUCAAGUUCUUCAGUCUUUUAUUUGACGUAUCCCGGACACACACAUGAAAGAAACUGGUUUGUUGCAAGUGGAAAUCCAAUCUUUAGGGACUCCUUUUGCCAGUGUUUUGCUGCAAGCAGAAAAGAUUGUGCUUUUGGAUUUUUUUUUUUUUUUUAAGAUUCAUGGUAAAUUAUUGUUAAGAUUUUGUUUUACAAUUACUCCAGAAGUAUUGGCACCCUCAAUGAGAGUGGUGCAAAAAUUACUGUAGAACAUGUUCAGUUAUUCAAUAUUUUGAGCUUAACAUUUUCUUAACUUCUUUCCCUGUGGAAAAAGGUCUCAAAAUUAUUAGUACCCACAGAAGAAUAAUUGGUGAAGCCUUCCUGGGAAUAUAAUAAUAAAAAACAGACAUAAUAAAGCAGACGUGCAGACUUGUGCAUUUGGAAUCAUCCUCUUCAAUUCAGAGUUUCAGAUGUUCGGUUCAAUUUAGUUUUUCAGUCUCAUGAGAACACAAUUCAAAAUUGUUGUUCCACAAAUACGCCGAUGUUUAGGUGCUGCAUUUUGUGGGUUGCUCUCAGAAAAGGCUUUUUAGUUAACAUUUUGUACACUUUAGUUGUUCUGGAGAUUUCAUUUAAUCAUUGAUUUUGAAACUGCACAAUCCACAAAUCAACUAAAUCUUUGGGUCGUCUUUGCCUUCCUCACUGUAUGUGGUGGUAGUAUGCUCAUGCAUCCUCUUCAUGCAAAAUUUUGAGCUAUUAGAGAUUUUAAUUUUUUUAUUGUUCCUGAUAGUGCUUAAUGGGAUUUUUGUCUGUGGGUUUUGUUUUUUUUUUUGUUUGGUUGGUUUUUAUAUAUAGCAGUGUUAAAAGAUUUUUACUUUUCCCUAUUCUGAUGCAUCACAGGGGUUUUGAAGAAAAAAAUUGUAAAUUGUAAAAUUCUUAUUGUUUGUGUGAACUAAAUAUGAAUUUUUUUUUUGUUGCAAAGUUUAUAUUGUAUGUAUUAAUUAUUGCUUAUUUCCUUGAAGGGUGCCAACAGUUCUGGAGCUUAAUGUUUUACUGAUUUAUACUUAGACUUUUUUAAGUUAAUAAAAGUGUUGUGUAAUGGCAUAAAUCCUUAAGUUAUUUAUAGUGUAACCUUACCUACAAAAUAGCUUGUGGGUUUUGUUUGGUCUGGAAAUUAAAUCAACCAUGGCAGUAAGACACUAAAGAAUCCUACCCAUGUCACUUUUCUUUUCUUGUUACAAUAAUAAAAAUGAAAUGUACUAUGAGAGAUAUAAAUUUCACUGUCCUAUAUAGAAUUACAGCAGCCAAAUUAAAAGGUAAUUUAAAAAUAA